AUGCUCCCCAUCCAGGCUCUCGAGGCUCAGGCUCCCCAUCCUCCGCCGGCCGCGCACGCUGGCACCAUCGUCACUACCGAGAGCACUGAAAACCGUAACCAGAAGCCCAAGACGCUACCCUGCAGGUAUUGCAGCAAGCACUUUCGCCGGGUUGAACAUGUGCAACGGCACGAGAGAACUCACACAAAGGAAAAGCCUUUCGCCUGUCCCUGGGAUCGAUGCGGCAAGACAUUUGGGCGACGGGACCUGCUCGUGCGACAUGAGAAACUCGUUCACCUGAAUGACGCUAGCAAAGAGAAUGGCCGUCCCAGACCCUCGUCGUCGAGUGCGGGCUCGCAUAAGCCCUCGCUAUCUGAUGGUCAUGUCGACGCUGAUGCCAUGAACAUGCAUCGGACGACUUUAUCUCCGCCUGGUCCCCCGCCGCCCCAGCAAAUGUACCAUCCGCAGCCACCCUUGCCAAAUAAUGUGCAGCCGAUGCAGCAACCGAUGGAACAGCCGAUGCAACAGGACCAUGCAAUGAAGUCGAGGAUGGCCGCGUGUAAUCUUGACGUUCUGUCUGAUGCCGCACUAGCUAGUGAGGUCAACUCUAUGGCGCCGAUGAUGAACACCAUUCCCCAACAGCCGACGAGUCAUACGAGAGCCAAGGGCUUCGGCGAGGCCAUGCCUCAAUUUGGAGAACGUCAACCGCAGGACCAAACGCAUGGCAUACCAGCAUUUCCUCAGCAGCCCGCCCCGCAGGCCGCAUAUGACGACUACAAUGUGUUUUUGGACGACUUUUCAUUUGCGCCGCAUUUCUUACCGCCGCAUUUUGAGCCUGAUCAGCCCAUGAACAUGUGGACUCGCUCGCCGGCAAGCAUGAACCCGAGAAUGGCCUCGAAGCCAGUGUCGGCGAUGCCUUCACGAAUCGGCUCUCUUGGCCCGGAUGCUCGUGACGCUACCGAAUUUGUCGGAGAGGCUUCGCGUCCCUCUCCACUGCGCAUAUCCGUUGCAGAUUAUGCAACUGUCAAAAAGAAGAUUGACGAAUUCUCGUCCGUAUUGCCGAGCGAUUUUGCGUUUCCCUCACGGCAUACUCUGACGCGGUUUGUCGAAGGGUACAUUAGUGGAUUCCACGACCUGCUGCCGGUGCUGCACCUCCCUACGCUCUCACCCGCCGCGAUCGCGCCAGAGCUAUUGCUCGCGAUCCUUGCUGUUGGAGCCCAAUACCGCUUCGAGAGCAACCGAGGCUACGCGCUUUGGUACGCCGCAAAGGCAGUGGCCAUGGAGCAGAUUCGAAGGCGGCAUAGCUCCGAAAUACAUGCUCUAUUGCCUAAUGCUGCUUCGUAUAGCCCCCACUCAACUCGGCCGUCACCAAAUUCUGGAUAUCGGAAUUCUUUCGGAUCCGGCCAAUCGGAAAGACCCUCUACUGAUGACGGAAGCCGUGAUCCUCUCUCUACCAACACUCCUCAAACACGGUUAGAGACGAUACAGUCCAUCUUGUUGCUCUUCGCUGUCGGCUUAUGGGGCAUCAAGACAAUUCUACAUGAAUCCCUCUCGCUUCAGAGUAAUCUCGCAAUCCUCAUCAGAGACGAAGGCCUACAUAUGGAUGCAAGUCAAGUAGGCAUUGCUGACUGGGGGACGUGGAUUCAACGAGAAGGCGCCCUGCGGACUAAGCUGAUUGCCUUUUGUUUCUUCAACCUAUGUAGCAUGACUUACGACAUGCCACCGGCGCUACUAACAUCUGAAGUUCACCUUUUCCUGCCAUUAACUGCGCGACUAUGGCGUGCCGAUACGGCGUGGCAAUGGCAGGAAUUGCGACAAUCAACGCCACUGGUUGAAAUCACGCUGCACGAGGCCUUCUCCAAGUUCUUUGGUCCGACCAAUACGGUCCUGCCCUCGGAGCUCUCGUCACUCGGCCACUAUGUCCUCAUUCAUGCCUUGAUCCAGCACGUCUAUCUCCUGAAGCAAACCUCGUUUGUUUCUGGUUUGACGUACGACAUACAGCGCACCUUGCGACCGGAGGAUGUUGAGCAGGGCUCCCAAGCACUGCGAAUGUGGCACACGAGCUUUGAACACAGACACCAGCUGCGGGCUGCCGAAACGGGCCACUAUGGAAGCACCGACACCAUGACCGGAGGGUCCCUGGUGUACAAUGCGACGGCUUUGCUGCGACUUGCAUACAUCCGACUCUACACUGACACGCCCCCUAGUAGAGCGCUGCAGACGCGAGAUUCGAUGUUGAUUGCGUCGGCAAUGCACAACACACCGGGACUGCCGCGCAACCUCCGUGUGCAGCGGGCCGUCUUCCAAGCAACGCACGCCCUAUCCAUGCUCGUGAAGGUCGGAGUAAACUACGUAGCCAAGGCCAAGUCGACAGAGUGGAGCAUCCAGCACUCACUCUGCAACUUUGAGUGCGCCAUCCUCGUGGCCAAAUGGCUCAUGAGCCUGGCCUCGAUAGGACCGCAGGAUCCGCCGGCCUCGGGCGAAGAAAUAAAUCUACUCGACACUGUGCGACGAAUGGUGGACGAGACGGAGUUUGCGGUGCCGCAGCGAGACGCGCACGCCAGCGACGCCGUCAAACUGCGGCAGCUGGCCAGCGCCGUGGUGCGGCUGUGGUCGGAAACAUUUAAAGGAACGCACAUCUUUGACAUGGUCAAGACAAUGGGCGACAGCCUCGACGGCUACGCCAGCCUGGUGGAGAAGUCUUAG